UAUUUCUAUACAAAACAGAGAUAUUAAAAAAUUGGUAGGUACUUAUAACAAAAAGUCGAAGCUUUUAGAAUAUAUCAAUAAUUUAAAGUUGGUUUUAGAUUCUAUGGAAAACUCAUACCGUUGAGAAUAAUGUCAUCAUGUACCAGCAAUACCUCUAAUGUAUUAACGGCAACAACUACAGUUACUAGAGAUGAUCCCUUUUAUAUUAUGAACCACGAUAAGCAAGGUUUUGCCUACAUAUUCAGCCAUGACAGGUUUUCAAUUAGCCCACAGCGAAGUGCUGCGGAUGUCGAUGAAAAUAAACUUAAAUAUCUACUAAUUAACAUGGGGUUCGACGUACGACUCUUUAAAAAUUUGAAAGUGUCGGAAAUACAAUAUCACAUCAAUGAAGUUCGUCAAAUGGACCACACCGACAAUAAUUGUUUUCUUCUCUUCGUGCUGUCGCAUGGAGAUGAGAAUAAAAUUGAAGCUCUCGAUGACACUUACGAUCCCAGUGAAAUGUUUUGGAACCAAUUUACAGCAGAUAAAUGUCCAAGUCUAGCAGGUAAACCAAAGUUAUUUUUCUUGCAAUGUUGCCAAGGUAACAAAUUGGACUCAGGAAUUCAACUAAUAUAUAGACAACAAAGAACAGAAACCGAUGGUCGCGUUACACCAUAUACUAUUCCAAAUUAUAGCGACUUCUGCAUUAUGUAUGCGACUGCUAAAGGCCACUUUGCUUUCCGCAAUGAUAAAGGGGGUUCGCACUUUAUUAAAUAUCUUUGCGAAGAACUAGAGAAGCAUGCAUAUUGUGAACAUUUACUAACAAUUUUAACUUUUGUUAUUCGGCGAGUAGCUGUAGAAUUUCAGAGUAGAUCUAAACAAUCAGAUCGUGAUAAAAAAAAACAAAUCCCAUAUUUUGAAAGUUCGUUGACCAGACUCGUGCAGUUUAAGGAUAUGAAAAAGGGAGAAUGAACCUAAUAUUUAUUAUGCAAAUAAAAAAAUAUCAUUGUAUUUUACAAUCCGACAUAAAAAAUACCUGAAAGCCAAACAAAAUAAUAUUUAAUAUGUGACAUAUUGUUUGUAUUUAAAAAUUUAUAUAUAUAUUAUGAUUAUAUAAUUAAUUUAAUUAUCUUGGGCUCUUUGUGGCCCAUCUAAAUAUGUACGGAGCAUUCGUAAAUUAUAAUCCACAUGAUCGCAAGGCUUAGGCAACUAACAUUGCACGAUUGGUAGUGUCAACCAAAAGUCUUAGCGUCUAUCAAUUUAAUGAUCGUUUACAAUGAACAAUGACAAACUGUUGUGUCUACACUUGAGUGCUUUGAAUGCUUUCUCCGAUCGGUUAGAAUGUGAAAAACUGCACCAAUUUUACUUUUUACCAAAAUUUAAUUGCCAGUGCCAAGUAAAUAAAAUGACUUCCAAACAAAAUCAGUGGUCCUGUGGCUUGUAAACAUUUAUGAAGGUUCUCUAGGAUUUUUAUAUGAAAUAUGUUUGUUACAUGUACUUUUAAUAUAUUUUAA